UUCACGCGCAAACACGCUGCGAGCGGCAUUAUCGAUCGUUUAAGAAGAACAUUUAGCGUCGCGACAGCGCAGCGCCUGUGUGCACACAGUUGCAGUCGCGGUCGGGAACGGUUUUGAAGGAUUUGCCGGUUCGCAUGCGGCCGAAUGGAUGGUAGCAGAACAAUGACACGUAAAUCCCGCCUAUGAGCGCCGUUUCGGUGGUCGGUACCCAACCAAAAUUCCAAUUCGAAAAUUUUGCGCGAGCGUUCAAUGGCUAUGUAUAUGUUCAUCAUGAAUUCACUAAUUCUUCGCUAAUUUGGGCGACCUCGGGGUCACGAACGACGGAUCAGCUGGCUGUUUAUCGAGACCUCCACAUUCUCCGAAAUUACUACAUUCCUGACUUUAUAUGUCCUAAUCUGGGAUAUGUGUCUCUAAACACGGUCUCCUUAUCGGAGUUUCCUGUCCAACCAGAUUAAAACUGUUCUAUACCAUUAUUUGACCACAACUAAACACAGCAAUCAUGCAUCAUGAUUUUGUUCACGAGGUGUGCAUGUCCAGCCAACGGAAGAUCUGGCUUGAAAUUAACAUAUUGCAAACUGCUAAUAUCGCUUUUGCCGACUCACUAGUGGAGUGUCCUGAUAACGAACACUGGUCGCUAUGCGGAACUAUGUGCGAGCCAAGUUGCGAACAGCCGAAACCGAAUCCUUUCUUCUGCCCCAGAAUCGUGUGCGCGCGAGAUACUGCCGGCUGCAGGUGUAAAAAUGGCUACGUGAGGAACGAAGAUAAUAAAGACUGCGUUGCACUAAAGGAGUGUCCUCACAAAUCACAAUCUAAAGCGAUCUAAAACGAUCUUUGAGAGACACCAACACCCGUGAUCAUCGACCGUUUCGAAAACCCCGUCCCACUUUCCCGUUCCGAAGGCCGAUUAUGGGAAGUGACUCGAAAGUCACUCUCUCUUCUCUUCUCUCUCUCUCUCUCUUUCUCUCUCAACUUGAAAUCUUAUACACGUGUUUCCGACACCGCCGCGCAGUGGGGAAAAUGACCAAGUUGUGUGAAGAUCAUGGAACUUUUGACAGAACUGAGAUAGAGAGAUGAUUCUUUUCUUUUUUUGAAUUAAACUUGAAAUGUUCUAGAAUAAGAGAUAAUUAUAGAGAAUGUCGCACGAACGACUUUCGACAUUAUAAAUUUAUGUCAAUUUGAUAUUUUACGAUAAAUAUUGUGGUUUUAUCCAUUAUGACAUGUGAUUAUGUUUGAGUGAUUUUAAAACAUAGACUUUUCGUAUCAUUGAAUCCAGGAUGGAUACUGUUCCAUUAUUAAUUCUGAACAUGCAAAACUCAUAUCAGUAUAGCGAAAUUCAUUUUCAAUCGAGGAUUCAGCUAUAAUAGCAAUCGCACUAUAAAAAGAAAAUUAUGUUAACAGAAGGCGAAAAUGGAGCUCGACCCAAUGUGGGGAACCGUAUUUAUCCAUCCACUUUAGCACUGUGUUUCCAAAUAUAGGACAAAUAAUAUAUAAAAAGUAAUAAUAAAAAAAGAGAAAUGAAAUAAUAAUCGUGCGUUGUGUUGAAGGUAACACCUAGAAUGUGAUGCGAGGCUUGCAACAGUCAUGUUGGCUUAUGAGUGAAGUCAGUUUUUGGGAUGCACUCAGUCAAUGGGAUCUGCAUGUGUACGUUAAUAAAUAAUUCGAAAUAAUGAUAAA